AUGUUUACUCGCGAUCACAUUCACAGCAUAAUUCCCGAACCAGCUGGUCGAGUGCAAAGCCCUGCCAGUGAUGAGAUCAAACAGGCUGAUCAGGGAUCACACGAGCACGAAUCUCAUGAAAACCGUCCGGUCGAAGCUGCCCAUGACGUCGUGGUCGAUCACAAGUCCGACGUCAUUCAGAAACCCGAAGUCACCAACUUUAAGACUGCUCGUGAGGGAAUCGAAAGCUUGAUGAAGUAUAUUCGAAGUCCCAAUGCGUCAGCUUGCGGAAAUCCUGUUCUGGUUGGGGGACCACUUGAUCGCAAAGGCGACGGUGUCUGGACGGUCUGCGCCGAUCGUAUCCUCAGGGAUGGCCAGCCCUGUGUUGUUUAUUCAUUCGGCAUCUGCAACGAUUUUUCCUUCGACGAUGAGAUGAAUUUGAAGGGCUGUGAGGUUCAUUCCUUCGAUCCCUCAAUGGGGGUCGAAUCUUACAGCCGAUCGAAAACCCACUGGUUCCACGACGCCGGUAUCUCUGGUAUUGACGACUCCAAUUACACCGACCAUCGGUCGUCCAUGCUCGGAAAGGGAGUCAAACCCUGGGUUGUGAAGACAAUCCCUUCUUGGAUGUCAACCCUCUCUCACAAUCAUAUUAGUCUUCUCAAAGUCGACGUCGAAUACUGCGAAUGGGAUGCCCUGAACCAGUUGCUGAAGAGUCCCGAUAUUCAGAACAUUGACCAAAUAAUCUUCGAGGUCCACUUCUGGCCUGGACGGCGCUCGAAUCCAGAAGCGGUAUCUGUUUUGGAUGCCGUCCAGUCAUGGAUGGAUGUCUUGAUAACCAUCGAAAAGGCUGGAUUCCAGCAUUUUUCAACCCACGAGAACCCUAUGAGCUCCGGAGAAGUGAUUGAUGAAUAUCAUUAUCCGUGCUGCUUCGAGGUUGGAUAUGUACGAUCCUUCUGAAAAUAAAGCCUCCGAGCCAUCAAAGCCCUUACAAUAGAGAUGAAGAUGUGAUGGAUUGGUUUUGCCACUCAUCAAUAUAUUGAAACCUCAACGAAAC